CGUCCCCUCCGCCGGCCCCGCCGCUCGGCCGCCCCGCCCCGCGCAUGCUCUGCCGGUGCCGCCGCGACUCCAUGUGUGAGGAGCGCAUUAUCGGCACCGGGAGCCGCGGCGGCCACGGGAGCCACCGGGAAAGCCCCGCAACAAGCGGGAGAGCGGCGGGGCCAGCGCGGGGAGAGCGGAGCGGAGCCGGGAGCGCGGGGCGGGCUCGCCGCGGAUGCGGCGCGGAGCUACCGGAGCAGCGCCCUGCGAGUUCUCCCGGAUCCUCGGCUCCGGCUCAUCCCGGCGGGACCCCAUGACCUUCCCUGACAGGCCCUCACCAUGAGUGAGGACUCAUGCCGCACCCGGAGCCAGAAGCGCGCCCUGGAGCGGGAAUCGGAGCCGGACAAUAAAAAACUCAGGAUGGACAAAGGAAUUCUGGGAUCCGACCUCGGCUCCGGCUCCGAGGGGGACAUGAAGAUCAAAGCGGAUCCCGGGGCCGGGAAAAUCCCGGGAAUGCUGAAAAGUGGGGAAGUCAAAGCCACCAUCAAAGUGGAGCUGCCGGCCGGGGAUGAGCCCGUGGACAUGAGCACAUCCAAAGGGGAUUGCCGGCGGGAGCGGCGCGUUCCCUCCCCGGACGUGAUCGUGCUGUCGGACAACGAGCCCUCGAGCCCCCGCGUCAACGGGCUGGCCCGGCUGGCCCUGCCCGAGCCCGGCACCGAGGCCCUGCUGCGGAGCCCGGAGCAGCGGGAGCGCCUGAUCAAGCAGCUGCAGGAGGAGCUGAGGCUGGAGGAGGCCAAGCUGGUGCUGCUCAAGAAGCUCCGGCAGAGCCAGAGCCAGAAGGAGACGCCGGCGCCCAAGCUUUCCUCGGGCCCCUCUGGAAGCGCUGCGGCCACACCCCCGCCCUUGGUGCGGGGCCCUCAGGCUGUUCCCGCUGGGAAAACUUCCCUCCAGCCCUCCUCCAGCCGCAUUCCGGGCACUGGGAUCCCGCCCCCGCUGCUCCGGGGGGGCCAAGCGGCCGCCUCCAAGCUGGGCUCGCAGCAGAACCCCCAGAUCGUGAUGCCCCCCCUGGUCCGAGGGGCCCAGCAAAUCCACACGAUCCGGCAGCACUCGAGCACGGGCCCGCCGCCGCUGCUGCUGGCCCCGCGCGCCUCCGUGCCCUCGGUGCAGAUCCAGGGCCAGCGGAUCAUCCAGCAGGGCCUGAUCCGCGUGGCCAACGUGCCCAACGCCAGCCUGCUGGUCAACAUCCCGCAGGCGUCCCCCACGUCCCUGAAGGGCUCGGCGGUGCCCUCGGGGCAGGCGGGCGCGGCGCCGGCGGGCGGCGCGGCGCUGGGCGGCGCGGGCGAGGCCCCGGGCAGCCGGCAGGCCGCGGCCAAGCUGGCGCUGCGCAAGCAGCUGGAGAAGACCCUGCUGGAGAUCCCCCCGCCCAAACCGCCCGCGCCCGAGAUGAACUUCCUGCCCAGCGCCGCCAACAACGAGUUCAUCUACCUGGUGGGGCUGGAGGAGGUGGUGCAGAACCUGCUGGAGAGCCAAGGGAAGGUGACCCGCCAUGUUUGUCCCCCAGGGAAGGUGGCGGUGGCCGUGUCCUGCCGGGAGCCCUACCUGUGUGCCCAGUGCCACACGGACUUCACGUGCCGCUGGCGGGAGGAGAAGAACGGCACCAUCAUGUGCGAGACCUGCAUGGCCUCCAACCAGAAGAAGGCCCUGAAGGCCGAGCACACGAACCGGCUCAAGGCCGCCUUCGUCAAGGCGCUGCAGCAGGAGCAGGAGAUCGAGCAGAGGAUCCUGCAGCAAUCGGCCCCGCCCGGGCAGCCCAAGGCCGAGCCUGUGGGGCAGCACCACGCGCUCAAGCAGAGCUCCAGCCAGAUGUCCCGGGGUGCUUCCCGAGGGGUCCUGCACGCCUUCAGCUCCUCGCCCAAGCUGCAGAGCUCCUCGGGCAGCGCCGCGCUGGGCGGCCGGCCCGGCAAGCACGCCGAGAGAGCCGGCGGCAAGGGCGGCGCCGCCUGGAAGAAAAACCCCAUGGGCACAGGUGGGGCCCUGCCCUUCGUCAGCCCCGCCCUGGCCGUGCACAAGUCGGCCUCGGCCGUGGACCGGCAGCGCGAGUAUCUCCUGGACAUGAUCCCGCCCCGCUCCAUCCCACAGUCGGCCACGUGGAAAUAAUUCCCGAGGGAGAACUUUUCCAGGCUCUGCCAUCCUUUCUUUUCUACCACAAUUCCGUGGAAUCUGCUUUAAUCCCAGCUGGAUAACGCCCCGAGGCUUUCUAGGAUGCAACACCACCACUCCUCAUCCGUCCCUGCCGGGAGAAGUGACCGCGUCGGGGUGGCCGAAGCCCGGCUCCGUUGGCUCCCAGAUUUUUCAUGGAAGCUGGCAGGGAAAGGGGGAAGAAUUCCUUAAUUUUUUUUUUUUUUUUUUUUUUGGCUUUUUCCGUAUUUAGUUUUGGAAUUUUUUUGGCACCAGCACAAAAAAAAAAAAUAAACAAAAGGACUCAGCGACUCCUCUCUGCCUUCGCCGACGCCGAACUUUUUGCCGGGAACGCUCCGGAAUUCCGGAAUUUUGGGGCGUGGAGAGAGGAAUUCCAGCCCCAUCCUGCGUUUAGUGAGCCGAGUUCAUGGCUGCUCCUUUUCCCUGCUCCUCUUCCAGCCGGGAAAGCAGGCGGCGCAUCCCGAGAUCCCCAAAAUUCCGACGAUCCCGAGAAGAAGAAGAAGAAGAAGAAGAAGAAGAAGAAGAAAAGUGCAAAUCCCCGAUUCCGGUUGAGUUUGGCUUUUUUCCCUUAGGGAUCGGCUGCCGCCCAAACCUUGGCUGGGAAGUGGGAAUUGCUGCGGGAAAUUCCCACUUUUUUCCUUGGAUUCUGGUUGGAACAGACUUCAGAACUGUUGGUAGUUUCCAGACCUUGCAGUUACUGAGAGACAAAAUCCACCUUGGUUCUUUCUCACCCCGUGAAUUUUGGGCCUUCCCGACGUUCCCAGAGACUCCAAAGCGAAACUUUUUGGGAAUUUUUUUUCCUUUGGGAGGGUUGGUUGGGUUGGGUUGGUUUUUUUUGUUUUUUUUUUCCCUUUUCUGUUGUUGUUUUGAGGGAUAUUAUUCCAAAAUGUAUAGGAAUUCCAGAAGCUGAUGCAGGCAGGGAGGGUUGGGAGCCAUUCCCGAUUCCCACCGGGAAUUCCGGCUGUUCCAAAUCCUUCCCUCUGUGGUUCGAGUUCUUCCAGGCAUCCCAAGCAUGCUCCUGUAUCCAUUUGGGAUGGAGUUUUCCAUCGUUUUUUUGGGAAUUCCAGAGGUUCAACCCAAAAUCCAUCUGGGGCCAGUUUGGUUUCAUUUUUGGUUUCUCAUCCUCUUUUUCCUUGGGCUUCUUCCCGAAUUCCAGACGAAUCCAAGGGGCAGAAUUCCAGGCCUUAUUCCAGUGAGGAGAAUUCUUUGGGAAAUUUGGGGAAUUUUCUUGGGGAAAGUAUAAAUAUAUAUAAUUUAGAGAUCUAUAUAUAUUAAAAAAAAAAAAAGUGUGUGGGGGGAAAUUCAGGAAAAUCCGGAUUUAUUUUCUUAGGAAUCGCUGAAGCCAAGAAUUCCUUCGGGAUCAUCCCCCUCGGAUCCGAGUGACAAAAGCCCUCCCUUUUCCCACUUUUCCCGGCGUUUCCAUAUUUAGGGAUUUAGUUUAGGAAAAAAAACAAAAACCCCUUGUUUUCCAAACUGGGAUUGGUUGGAUAAAAACCCCCGGAAUUCCCACCCGGACGCGGAUUUUGGGGUGUUUUCCGUAGGGAUGUGAAGAGCUCAGAUGUGGGAAUUGGGUUGGAAUUUUGGAAUUUGGAGUUUUCUUUUCCUUCCAAGCUUGGACUGGGAGAUGCUGCCAGAGGGAUGACGUGGAAUUCCUUCAAUUCCAUUGGAUUUUAUGGAAAAGUUGCCGCUCCUGUCCCACCUGGAAUUUUUUGGGGUUGGUUCGGGGGGAUUUUUCUCUCCUGGUUUUUUUCCUCAUGGAUGCCAACGUUUGGAGAAAGUUCAUUUAUUCCCAAAAAAAAUCCCAACAAAAUUCCUCCAAUUAAAAUCCUUUUUUUUUUUUUUUUUUUGAGGUGGGGGGAAACCUGGUUCGUUUAUUCCCAGUGUUUGGAUGAUUCCUGAAAAAAAAAACAGGGAAUGGAAGAGUCACAGAAGGAUUCCGUGGGAUAAAAACGACGUCAAAACUUUCUGGAUCCCAGCAGAAUUCCCUUGGAAAUUGGAAUUUCAGCCAACUCUGGGUCGUUAAAAUCAUUGGGAAUGCUGGAAUUGAAGGAUUUGGAAUUAAAAAUCAGAACAAGUCUCCGUGUCCAGACUUCCAAAUAUUCCAUCCUGAUUUUUUUUUGGAUGGAUAAUUCAGGGAAAAUCCCCCAAAAAAAAAGAUUUAGGGGAUGGGGGAGGAAGAUUUAUUUGGAAAGGGAGGGAAAAUCCAGCAUGGACUGAGGCUGGAAAACCAAAAUAUUUUAUGGGAUGGGGCUGAAAGUCCAAAUUCCCGCCCGGAAUGAGGCUGAAAAUCCAAAAUAUUUUAUGGGGUGGGGCUGAAAGUCCAAAUUCCCACCUGGAAUGAGGCUGAAAAUCCAAAAUAUUUUAUGGGGUGGGGCUGAAACUCCAAAUUCCCGCCCGGAACGCGGCUCCUGGGAUCCAGCCUGUUUCUGACGUGGUUUUUCCAGAAUGUUCCUGGAAUGCUGCCGGGAAUUCGGAGGGUUUGUUUUAUUCCAUCCACGUUUCUGCCAAAUUUGGGAUCAAUCUGGGAAAAGAUUCCGUGUUGGAACGCCGGGAUGGUUUUUCCUUGGCAGCCCCAGUUCCGUGUUCCAGUGGGGAUUUUUUGGGAUUGGGAUGGUUCAGGUUCAAAGUUGUUCCAACUCUUCAAUACAGAUUUUCCAAACCUCUUCCCGGUCUCCUUUUUCCAGGAAAAAGCCCCACAAAAAAAUGGGAAAAACAGGGGGGAAAAAAAUCUCAACUAAACGGAAAAUUCCCAUCGUGGAAUUCUGCCCUGGAGAGGAAAUGUUUGGGAAUGGUGGAGAUGGGGGGAAUUUGGGAACAAAUUCUGGGUUUAUUCCUGCUGCUGGAUCCCUUUUGGGAUUCCCAAAUCCUUUGGGGCUCCGGAAUAUUGAGACCUUGGGGAUUCCCAAAUCCUUGAGGCUUUUGGAAUUCCGGAAUCCCCGAGGCCCUUGAAUCCCCUUUGGAAUUCCUGAAUCCCUGAGAGCUCUUGGAUCCCCCUUUGGAAUUCCCAAAUCCCUGAGAGCUCUUGGAUCCCCCUUUGGAAUUCCCGAAUCCCAGAGAUCUCUUGGAUCCCCCUUUGGAAUUCCCAAAUCCCAAAGAUCUCUUGGAUCCCCUUUGGGAUUCUUAAAUCCUUGAGGCUUUUGGAAUUCUGGAAUCCUGGAGAUCUCUUGGAUCCCCCUUUGGAAUUCCCAGAUCCCAGAGAUCUCCUGGAUCCAUGGGAACGCCGCCCAACCCUUCGAUUCCCAAAGAUCCCUCGGGAUCCUGGAUCCCGUUUCCCGCUCUUCCCGAGCUUCGCUGCAUGAGCUGCUCCGGGGGGCUCCGGAUCCAGGGGGUCCCUAAAGCCAUAAAAUUCCCGCUCGGAGCCGCCGGGAUUUCGGGAUUUUCUGGGACACCGCGGGGAACGAGGAAGCGCCGUUGUACUUUAGAUUUUAGCGACUUGUGAAAUAAAAAGAUCCCGGAUUUUCAUGGGAGAAUUCCCGCGGUGGAA